CAGUAUCAUAUCAGCCAGUAUCAACUAGGGCAAUAUCGUCAGUCUGGUCAGUGGUCAGUCUGUUAACAACAAGAUUCUCUAGGGACAAAUCUUCUAUUUAUAGACUCAUUUACAUCUUUAGGAACUAAAUAGAACCUGUUCAAAAUGAGUGGUUGGCAGCAUUCUAUAUUCGGUUGUUUUGAUAAUCUUGGAGUCUGUAUUAUCACCUACUUCGUUCCUUGUUACACCUUCGCUCGAACCAGUGAGCAAGUCGGAGAAAGCUGUCUUCUGUGUGGAAUCUUGUAUUUCAUUCCCUUAGUUGAUAUCUUUGCUGUCGUAUCAGUCCGGGGCAAGGUACGGGAACAUAAAGGUAUUGGUGGUAGCUGCCUGGAGGAUCUGCUCUAUCAUGUAUUCUGUCACCCUUGUGCCUUGGUUCAGGAAGCCCAAGAAAUGCAACACGGACCCAUGUCAGCUUACGGCAUGGCUCGAGAAUAGUUUAGGAACAUUGUAUAAAAUCAAAUGGAUAUAGUGAUUUAAUCUUUUGUGCUAAUAUGUCUUGAUUUAGCCACCCGUAUCCUUUCUCAAAACGACGGUUUGUUGAUUGUGACGAUAGUUUAAUUCAUCUCGAUUUUCCAGACUCGUAAAUGUUAUUCAAUAUAGAAAUAAUUCAUUUAGAAACGACGGUUCUUCAUUUCAACAAUCCACAUAGAAAUAUGAAUAUUUAGACUUCUGUAUCCCUAUUAAACAGUUGACUUUGAAAUGUCAAUCGAUGAAAGAAGCUGCAAUGUGCACUUCUAAAGAGUUGCCUUAUUGACUGUAAUCAUUCAUAACAAUAUUGUUCUUGUUAUUUUAUAAACCAUUUUGUUAUCUCUACGAUUUGUUAUUGUUAUCCUUGAAUAAAUCAUC